UUAGCUAAACCGUGUUUGAGAACAUCAAUGGCAGUGCACCUUACGAACUAUUCGCGCAUUGGCGAACAGCGCUCGAAGAGAUGUGCGUCCUCUGUGUGAGAGGAUAACUUAGAUGCGUUGCAGAAUCACUGUAGAAUCGGAGCGGCACCAUGCCCCGGGCAGAGUGAGCGGCCGUAGGCGGCGCCGUGUCUCGGCGAUGCGCCAAGCAUGACCGCGGCCUGCUGCAACGCCACACGUCGCCGCGCCGCGGACACACUUAUGCUGUUGCUGCUCUUUUUACCAUUGCUGAAUGUAACAUCUGGAACCAAGGAGACAGAAGAGGAAGAUGUGUACAAAGUCUUACUACCAUCUAGUCAGACAUUCUUGAAAAAGCAUGUACAAGCCAUAUUCAGUUACCAAGAUCCAAAGGCUGUGAAGAAAGAGUAUUCUGUUGCUAUUGUAAAUCGGCCAGGAGUUACAUUUGUCCAUAAAAGAGCUAUUUCAAGUGGUGAACUAGAUCUAUUAGAGCUUAAUUCUGUACAGUCUAAUAAUGGGCACAGUGGCAGUGAUUUCAGUAGGAAAGCAAGUGUCUUCCACGAACAAUUCACUACUCCACUUUCUGCUGACCCAGACAAACUAUUGAACCCAAAUAAGGAACAUCCAAGUUUACAAGUUGUAAAUACUGCAUCCAUAUGGAAGAAUGUGUUUGAAACAAGUGCAAAUGCCCCAGUAUUAAAGAAAGUUGGAGACAAAAGUGUAUUUUUGUACAACAUAAAUUCAAACACAAAAAGUGAAAGGUUUAACAAAGUGGACAGUGAAUUUCAGUAUGGUUUCCGAAACAAAAAUUCUCAUAGUUUGAAGAAGAACAAGAGGUCUGUCAUUACCCUUGGUGAUUCAGAAACUGUACAGACAACGGACUGUGUGAACAGAUCAUCAGUAAAUAGCACUUGUGGAAAUGAUGGUAGGUUUAACUUUGUGCCUGGCAGUGAUGAUUCCAGCAGAACUGCAAGUAAUAUUCAGUUGAACAAUACUUCCAGUGACAGAAAUCGUAAAAGCGUGAAAGACUUCAGCAUGUUUUCGCAAUCAAGACUGACAUUGCCAUUUCAAAAAAAGAAGUUAGUUGAUAUUACAGAUAGCAGUAUGGGUUACAGAUCACCAUCAACUAUUGAUUCUUCUCAGAAACAUCAACCACCUUCAGGGAACAGCAGUGAAACCAGUGCCACUGCAAGCAGAUCAAUAAACAUAUCAUACUCGAUCCCCAGUGUGAAGUCAGCUGGAAGAUUAUCAGCUACAACCAUCCCUCCUGAAGGUCUGGAUGCUGCAUCAAUAACAGGAAUUACUGUGGGAUUAGUUGUCUUCCUUGGCAUAGUAGGUGCCAUGUGCUUCAUUCUUUAUAAGCGGAGGAACCAAAACAAACCACAGACGCUGAGUGACAAAAGCAGCAACCCUGAUUCCAGUGUAUACAUCGAAGAAAGCUCUGAUGACUCAGAGGAAAUGUAUAGUUUAGAUAAUGAUUCUUUCUUGAAUAGUCUAGAAGCCAUGACUAUCCAGAACUACUGGACAGAAAAUGUCAAACAUACCAAACUAUAGGAGAGCUAUUAUAUAUUAUUUAAUAGAAACUAUGACAGAUUUUAGAUGUCUGUUUAGUAGACCAAAGAUGGUGAAAAAACUGGACUGCUUUAUAUUAAGGUUCCACUAGUUACAGUUUAGAUUCCUGGUAGUUGAAGAUGAGAGAAAUCCCUUUACUGGACAAUUAUGAACACUUUGUUGGGACUGAAGACUUCUGUGUUUGACCAAGGAAAGAGUACAAAUGACUGAAUAUAGUGGUCUUUUUAUGUAUUAAAUGAAAAAUCUCAUAUUGUAUUCUGUAAUUUUACCUAUUUUGACAUAUUACAUUUCAUUAAAUUAAUCAUUAAAAGUAUUUCUUUAGAAAUAUUGCAGUUAGUUAUUGCUAGAAACACCUUACAUCCUUAGUAUGAAUACUUGCAGCAGCAUAAUGAUGCAAGAUUUCAGUUUAGAGUGCUCAAAAAAGAACUUUUAAAUUCUGAAAUAUGUUUGAUUGAUAGUACAAGAAUGUGCUUGAGUGAGAAACAUUGAAAGUGUAAAAUCGUGUUUUGUGUGAAAAAUUACUUUUAUAAGUUUCAAGAACCAGACAUCAGUAAGGAUUAUAAAUAGUGUCAUGUUGUCUUCAUCCAGUAUGUCACCCAACAGGGAAAGGGGGUGGGGAUGUUAAUGCCCCAUCAACAGUUACUCAAUGGAUUUAUUUGUGUGCCCCUUUAUCAUGAUAUAUUUUUGUAUGUUUCUUUCCAUCUUCCAAAUGUUUGUGCUUUAGGAUAUUUAACAAUCCAAAUUUGUGAACAAACUUGUGUUUACAUAUUGUUGACAUAACUUUGCUUUUAUUUACUGAACUUAUCAC